AACGAUGUGGAGAGCCGCGUGACGAUGCGCAAGACCGUGAAGGCCGCGGACAGCCUGAGCCAGUGGUACGGCCCCGAUCGCAGCCUGUUCCUGGGCCCCUUCUCCUCGCCUCCCUCGUACCUGAAAGGCGAGUUCCCUGGCGACUACGGGUGGGACACGGCGGGCCUGUCGGCUGACCCCGAGACGUUCGCGAAGAACCGCGAGCUGGAGGUGAUUCACUCGCGCUGGGCGCUGCUCGGCGCGCUUGGCAUCGUGUUCCCCGAGCUUCUGGCGCGCAACGGCGUGCCGCUGGGCGAGGCGGUGUGGUUCAAGGCGGGCGCGCAGAUCUUCAGCGAGGGCGGGCUCAACUACCUGGGCAACCCCAGUCUCAUCCACGCGCAGAGCAUCCUCGCCACGCUCGCCGUCCAGGUGGUGCUGCUGGGGCUGGUGGAGAGCUACCGCGUGGGCGGGCUGGAGGGAUCCAGGAGGUGGACGACCCGAUCUACCCGGGCGGAGCGUUCGACCCGCUGGGGCUGGCGGACGACCCCGACGCGUUGCGGAGCUGAAGGUGAAGGAGCUGAAGAACGGGCGGCUGGCGCAGGUGGCGGUGCUGGGCUUCUUCGUGCAGGCCAUCGUCACCGGCAAGGGGCCCCUCGAGAACCUCGCCGACCACCUCGCCGACCCCGCCGCCAACAACGCCUGGGCCUACGCUCAGAACUUCAGCGGUUCUAGGACAAGGGUUUCAUAAUUUUGGGGCA